CCAAGCCAAGCCGCGAGAGAGGGGAGAGAAGAGGAAUCGAGAAAGGUCGAGACACCGCAAACCCUAGCCGUCCGCCGCCGCCGCCGCCGUCCCCGGCCCCGCCCCCUCCCUCUCGGCGAGCCAUGGCGCUGCGCACACUCGCCGCCCGGAUGCGUUCCUCCGCCCUACGCGUGCCUCCGCCGGCUCCCCGCGACCUGCCGGCGCUGGCGGCCCGCGUUCGUCCAAGGUUCUUCUGCAGCACCUCCGCGCAGGGUGGACAGCAGGGCAAAAGACUUGAUUUGAACAAGGCAAGUCAAGAGGAGGUCCUGCGUGAGGUCGAGUUGAUUGGCAAACAGAUAGAUGAAGCCUGGGAGGGAGUGAGGAAGGAGAAAGAGAAGGUGCCUGGCCUGAUGAAGGACAUGUUUGGGACAAUAAAGAUGUGCUUUGGCGCUGGCAUUCUGCUUGAGAUUGUGUCGUAUUCCAUCCCCAUGUUGCGCCCUGCAGCUGAAGCUCAACCUGAGCAGUGACUUGCGCCCAUACUGCUUAUGGUGUAGCUGGUAGCUGCAUGUCUCUACUCUGCUGCCAGCGCUCUGAAGUAGUAUAUAUAUAUAACUUAUGUAACAGAACUCCGGUUACGGACGUCUCUCUACUCUCACUGGGUUUAGUGUGCUUCUCUUCUGAAAGAGCAAUGCAGCACUGCUGCUGAGUUGAAACUUAACUCGACCCCAUUUUGGAUUUGGCUGUUAAGAUGUGUGAUUCCUUGAAUCAGCUGCCAUGCCAGUGGAAAACCCAGACAAUGUGUCGUUUCGCUCGUACCAUUUGUAGUGUAAUCUGGAUAUCUAAUUCGUGGCACAAGUUUUCUUC